AUGCAUUUCACUCUCCCACUCUUAUCUUUGUUGUGUGUCUUCCAGGCUGUUGUGGCUUUACCUACGCGAUCUUCUAGUCUUGAUCCUCCCGCUAUCUUGACUCGUCGAGCGGGAACUGAGGAGGUUGUUGCGGAUGGCAGCAUCAAGGAGAAAGCUAUUCAACAAAAGUGUUUUGGCGGUAUCAACAAUGUUUUCUCAGGCGGUAUGCCAUUCACUUCCAGUUACUAUAACAGUCUUAUGUAUACAAAUGGUUUUGCCGGUCUUUGCAACUCUUAUUUCGGGAGUGGUUACCAAUGGGGGAACUGUGGUUCGUACUUUGGAUGCCCAAAUGCCGUCAAUCGAUUUUACAACUCCUACCUGAGUGGAUUCAACGGUCUUUAUGGCCCUUCUAUAUAUACCUUGAAUGAGCAAGACUUGAAAUCAGACACGAAUGCUGUUUGA